UCAAUAUUUUCUGAAGACAGAUUAUUAAUUGUUCUUUCAGUUCUUUUAUUUUCAGUCUUUUGGUUUCAACCUACCGCAACCUGUGACAGUAGAACCUCGAUCCAAACAACCUGCGACAGUAGACCCUCGAUCCAAACAACCUGCGACACUAGACCCUCGAUCCAAACAACCUGCGACAGUACUGAGGAGUUCAGGAUUCUGAUGGUGGGGAAGACCGGAGUUGGGAAGAGCACCACAGGAAACACCAUUCUGGGAAAAAAGAUAUUUGAAUCAGAGUUAUCCUCUAAUUCGUUGACUAAAGUCUGCAAAAAGGCCUUUGGUGAAGUGAACGGGCAAAAGGUUUCUGUUAUUGACACUCCGGGUCUGUUUGACACGAGGACUGAUGCAGAGAAAACCUUUGAACAAAUAGUCCGGUGCAUGUAUUAUGCUUCUCCUGGACCCCAUGUCUUCCUGGUCGUCAUCAAACUGGGCAGAUACACAGAAGAAGAAAAGAAUACAGUGCAGAAGAUUCAGAGACUGUUUGGAGAGGGAGCAGACAGAUACAGCAUGGUUCUCUUUACCCACGGUGACCUGCUCAAAGGGAAACCUAUUGAGGAGUUCUUGAAGGACAGCGAAGACCUGAUGGAACUUGUGGACAAAUGUAACGGCCACUACCACGUCUUCAAUAACGAGGUGAAGGAUCAGUCGCAGGUCAGCGAGCUGCUCCACAAGAUCAGAAACAUAAUAAGGGAGAACGGAGGAAGCCAUUACACCACUGAAAUGUUCCAGAGGGCAGAGAAGGCGGUUGAAGAGGAAAAACAACGAAUCCUUAAAGAGACAGAAGAGCAAAUGCGCAAAGAGGAGGAGGAGCUGACGAAGAAACUAGAGGAAAAGUUUGAGCUACAAAUGAAGGAAGUGAAGGAUGACAUGGAGAAGGAUAAGUUAAAGGAAUCUCAUGACAGAGAAAUUAAAGAGGAACUUGAAAAACUGAGGAAGCAGCAGGAAAUAUGGGCCAGACACGAGGCUGAGAAAAGCAGCCCAUUGCUCCAAUUGUUAAUUGAAAUCAUUAAAAAAGCAAUCAUCUACUUCCUCUUCAAAUUAAGUUUUUAGCUUUGUGAUGCUGGACUGCAGCAGCCUUAAUUAACGGUUGUGAUUUAUUAAUAUUCACAUUCCAGUUUUCGGUUGUUCUCAUAGGGCCUGAUAUGUAAUAACAACAUUUACUCAAUAAGUAUUUCAUUCUAUAGAAAUUGCAUUUAGUUUGGAUUUAAUCAUGAAAUAUUUGUUUUCCAAGAUGCAGACCUGUCAUUUAGGAGCUUGCUGUUGUGCUCCACGACAUUAAACUCAAAGAAAGUUUGGAAAAUGAAUCAUUGAAAUGUCUCAUAUUUGACUUGAAAUGUAUCUUAAAGGUCUAGUGUGUAAUUUGUUGGCCCCUAGCGGUGA